ACGACCCCAUCGAAUUGGGACAGCGGGAACAAUGUUUUCAAGCUACAACAAUCGAUACUUCACCACUAACGUCUUAUCACGUGAAAAUAACGAAGAAUUGGCACAUUGGCAAAAUACACCUUUUAACUUUGACAUUCCCCCUGGUCUGCGGUUGCUGGACGACGAACCCUUGGUUUCUCCGUCGUUAUCCCCAGAAGGUAACGAUCUAGCUUCCGGACGACAAGUUUAUCAACAACCACCCCUAACUCAACCACAACAAGUCAAUCAAAUGCCAGCGGCCAGCGGUCUCACUCCAUUCCUAUCACCCUCAAGUCCUCCCUCGACAUCGAACGUCAACAACUUUUCUGCAGUCUACCCGUCUCCCACUUCGUCGCAAAGGUCAAUACCUGUACAUUCGAGCGAAAUGGGUGAAGAGUUAUUGCAGAGGCAACUUUCUAAUUCACAACCU